AAAUUACCCAAAAUAAGGCAACUCGAUCAGGUAAGUUAGUUCGUCUUCGUUUCUUCCCACCCGACAAACCGAUCCCAUCUCCUUCUAACUCGCCUCGCGUGAGGAGAAUCAUCAAAAUUCAAACAUAAUAAACUUUCUUAAAAUCUCAGAGAUUCCUCUUAUCUUAAAUCUCACACAAAACGCACGCUCUCAAAUAAUUCAGACAACCCUUGUUGCUGUCCCUCAAGCCUUCUCUGCGUGUCCGCCUUCUCAUGUUCUUCAUCGAAGUGACCACUUCUCGUACUCUCGGGCGCAAUCCAAGCGGUGAAGUUUAAGGAUCCAAACCCUCCUUUCAUGUCCUUCAAUUCGGCCUCCAACCUUUUACAGUCACAUGACACUUGGAGGUACCCUGUAGAAAUCAGAAGAGUUGAGGAAUUUGAUUCUGGUGGGGUGUUUUUAUCGGGAUGCAGAACUUGCAAUUGAGGGUUGUGCCGGUGGAGGAAGGCAAGGACGCCGGUGUUAGUAGCAGCCGCCCAAGCCAAACGAAGGCCUUGCCGAUUAGGCUACUUCAGUUAUUCGCGCUGUUUCUGGUUUUCUGUAUUACUUUCUCAGUCAUUAGCAUAUACACAAUUCGGCAUUUUGGAAUCAAUGGCAUGAUGACAACAGUUGCGGCCUCUUUCCAGCCGUGCCCUGAGGAACCAAAAGGUUUGGAUCGAUGGAUUAAGCCGCCAUCAAGUGUUAAACACACCAUGAAUGAUGAGGAAUUGUUGUGGAGGGCUUCUUUUACGCCUAGGAUAAAGAAAUAUCCUUUUGAAAGAGUACCAAAGAUUGCAUUUAUGUUCUUAACUAAGGGGCCAUUGCCGCUGGCACCCCUUUGGGAGAGGUUUCUGAAGGGACACGAAGGGCUUUAUUCAGUCUACGUUCAUUCACUACCAUCGUUUCAACCCCAUUUUAAUCCUUCGUCGGUUUUUUAUGGGAGACAUAUUCCAAGCCAGGUUGCUGAGUGGGGAAGAAUGAGUAUGUGUGAUGCCGAGAGAAGACUCCUUGCUAAUGCAUUGCUUGACAUAUCCAAUGAACGGUUCAUUCUUCUUUCUGAAUCAUGCAUUCCGCUCUAUAAUUUCAGUGUCAUUUACCACUACUUGAUGAAGUCCAAGUACAGCUAUGUGGGUGCAUUUGAUGACCCCGGGCCAUAUGGAAGAGGACGCUACAAUGACAACAUGGCACCUGAAGUGAAAAUAUCCAAGUGGCGUAAGGGCUCUCAGUGGUUUGAAGUUAACCGAAAGCUUGCCAUCACCAUUGUCGAGGAUACAAAAUUUUACCCCAAAUUUAAAGAGUUCUGCAGGCCCGCAUGUUACGUUGAUGAGCACUACUUCCCCACCAUGCUAACCAUUGAAGCUGGGAAUUCUUUAGCAAAUAGAAGCAUCACUUGGGUAGAUUGGUCAAGGGGUGGUCCUCACCCGGCUACCUUUGGAAGAGCGGAUAUCACCGGGGAAUUUUUGAAGCGAAUUUUUGAGACUCAACGGUGCACUUACAAUGACCGGAACUCUACAAUCUGCUUUCUUUUCGGAAGGAAGUUUGCUCCAAGUGCCAUGGAACCUCUUUUGCAUUUAGCACCAAAGUUUUUGGGCUUCUAAGCAGAUAACUUCUGGAGCCGAACGAGCGUGCGAAAUUCGACCGGUGUGUAUUACUCGUUACCAUAAAUUCAACCUCAGUUGUAAUGUUUACUAGUUUGGGGUGUCACUUGAUAGCACUUUGGCAAACUAUACUGUUUAAAACUGUAUCAGAUGUACAGAGAAGUAGGCGCCCAAUUUAGCUUUGGCAUUCCACAUUUUUGUAUUGAGAAUUUGAUAUCAUACAUACACUGUAUUUGAAAUAACAUUUUCUUGAUUCUGUUCUCUUU